AUGGAAGGCGCCGGUAUAGAGAAAGUUGCCUUUUGGGGCCUUGAACCGUACAACGCAGAGCAGGCGUCAGACCUACCUGACCAGGUCGAGCCCUGCAUCCUUGGAUCUGGAGUCACCGAUAUUGGCAUCUUCCCUGAAAAUGACGAUGUCAGGAUCCCUGUGAACGAGGAAGAUGUUAACCCUGGUGGAAAGUAUCAUUCAAUCGUGAAACUCUUCAUUCAAAAUCAGCCCUCGUGCACCUGGACUACGGCCACGGGUUGGCUAUGCCGAGAUGACCUUGUGGUCACCGCUGCCCACUGCGUCCUUAAAGGCGACCAGCAUGCGGCUUGCAUCAGUGUAUGCAUUGGAUACAGCGCAAGCAGUGGAGGUGCUGGAGCUUCGUCCGACAACCAGCGCUCUGUAACCCGCGUCGCGUUGCCGUCCGCAUGGAGUGACUCCAGCGCGAGUCCGUCUAACAUGGCGUUCUUACAGCUCGAUGAGCCGUUCCAGGACGUGACGCCUAUCAAAUAUAGCACGCCAGGGACCAAGUUGCAGGAGCCGCUUACCGUUGUCGGAUAUGCUUCCGACAUUGGUGCCAGGGCUGGAUCCCCUGGCGGCGAGAUGUAUCAGAUGCAAAUAUGCCGAGAGAUUGAUCUCGACACGACCAGGUGGAACAUGUUGGUUUAUCAAGGCGACAGUAUGGGAGGUGAGCCGAAUGUUCUCCUCAGGACUCACAAGCAAACACUGACGGUUGCCUCUACGGCACUAGGAUUUGGUGGAGCGCCCAUCAUCCGGGACAGUGAUUUCGUCGCGAUCGGGGUACACGCUCGGGGCGGCAGUUUCAAUUUUGGGACUGUUAUCGGCGGUCCUUUUGGAGUCAAUGUUCCCGUUUACGAAGAGGCGUUGAGGAUCCUUGGAGAGGGCAACGAGCCCUCUGACGUCAAAGUUGAUACAGACACCGAUAUGGAGUGGUUAAAGUAUACGUACGUAGCCUGCGAGUAG